AUGCUGCUUCCCUACAUCUCUCUGCUGUCUUUCCCAAUGCAGUCUGCAGUCAAUAUCAUCUGGGUGACAGAGGAGAUUGAGUACUCCCUGGAAGUGGAGUGGGAGAACCCACCAACAGAUGUGCAGUAUUACAAGCUGAAGUUCAGAUCCGUAGUGGAUAUGGAUGAGAAGCAGGUCAUGGUGCCCGGAAACAAUGACCCUAAGAGUAGAUACAUCCUCUCUGGCCUGAAACCUGGAACAGAGCAUGAGGUCACUGUCAUACCUGUGAAAGACAACACAGAGGAGAAACCAUCCUCUGUGACUGGCAGGACUGGAGUUGAUAGAUCAACCAAUGUGACAACUGGAGUGACAGAAGAUACCGCCACUGUCUCAUGGACUAAAGUGGAGGCUCCCUUAGACAGGCACAUGGGGAGAUACACCUCAGCUGAUGGAGACACCAAGGAAAUACAGGUGGGCAGUGAAAAUUUCAUGAUCACCUUGCUGGAUCUGAAGCCAGACAUGGAAUAUGUCACCGACACCUGGGCAGAGAAGGGGCCCCAGAGGAGCAAGACGGGAAGCACCAGAGCUGUGACAGAAAUCUACAGCCUGGCUCGCCUGGUGACUGAGCAAGUGACAGAAGACACAGCCACCAUCUCCUGGGACAGGGCCCAGGCGCUCGUAGAUAGGUACAUGGUGAACUACGUCUCUGUUGGUGGUGACACAGAGGAGAUGGAAGUGGGGAAGAACAAGACUACCAUGACGACAGGACUGAAGCCUGGCAUUGAAUAUGUCCUCUUCCUCUGGACAGAGAAAGGAACCUGACAGAGCAAAACGAUCAGCACUGAGGUAAUGGCAGUAGUGGACAGCCCAAAGAAUCUGGUAACUGACCAAGUGAUAGCGGACUCUGCCACCAUCUCCUGGGACAGAGUCCAAGCUCCUGUAGACAGGUAUGUGGUGAGCUACAUUUGUGCUGAUGAGCACACCAAGGAAAUAGUAGGGGGGAAGGACAGGAGCAUUACCAUCCUUCCAGGACUGAAGCCAGGCAUGAAGUUCGCCAUCCAUCUCUGGGCAGAGCUGGGGAACAAGCAGAGUAAGAAGGCAAGCACUGACACUCUGACAGAUAAUUGCCUCCAAGUCUCUCCAAACACCUACAUUAUCUCUACACAGAAAUUCUAUUUCUCCAAACAGACAGAGGAUAAGCAGUAG